GCCGGCUCGAGUGCUGCCAGCAUGGCAGAUUCAAAGAGCUCGAAACGUUCUCAGCCGCCGUGGAAAGUGCCAGACAAUUCAAGCGCCCCGCAACUGCGCCUCUAUAACAGCCUUACGAGAUCUAAAGAAGUGUUUGUGCCUCAGAAUGCCAACCGCGUUCUUUGGUACAGUUGCGGUCCGACGGUGUAUGACGCUUCACACAUGGGCCAUGCCCGUUCUUACAUCAGCUUCGAUAUCCUUCGCCGGGUGCUUACGGACUACUUCGGCUAUAAUGUAUUUUACGUGAUGAACAUUACGGACAUCGACGACAAGAUAAUCAAAAGGGCCAGGCAAGAUCACCUUUUUGCGAGCUACCGCAGCAAUCGAGAGCGGUCGGCCAGUGCGCUCCUCCGUGACGUGAAAGAAGCCAUUGAACGGUACAGGGCGAAACUUGAAAAAGAGGAUGACCCGGACAAGCGAGUCAUGUGUUCGCGCCUAUUGGAUCAGGCGUUGCAAGCUCUUGGCGCUUACGAAAAAGGUUCAGGUGACGGAGAACGGGAGGCGCUACUCGACAACGCCAAGGAUCCAGUCUCGGAGUGGUUAGACUCUGAAAUGGGCUCGACUGUCUCGGAUCACUCAAUCUUCGCCGAGUUGGCCAAACGCUGGGAGGAAGAGUUCUACAAGGACAUGGCGGCGCUCGCCGUGCGUCCACCCGACGUCGUAACGCGUGUGAGUGAAUACGUUCCCGAGAUCGUCGACUACGUCGGGGAGAUCAUUGACCGUGGGUUUGCCUACGUCUCCAGUGGCUCGGUGUAUUUUGACACCGCCCGCUUCGAUGCCGACCCGAAGCAUUUCUACGCCAAGCUUGUGCCCGAGGCUUACGGCGACCAGAAGGCGUUGAAGGAAGGCGAAGGUGCGCUGAUGGUGGCCGGUGACGACGAGAAAAGAAGCGCCAACGACUUCGCGCUCUGGAAGGCUUCCAAACCGGGUGAGCCGGCGUGGAAGUCGCCCUGGGGCCCCGGAAGGCCCGGAUGGCACAUCGAGUGCUCAGUGAUGGCAGGCAGCCUGCUAGGUUCGUCGCUGGACAUCCACACGGGUGGGUACGACCUCAAGUUCCCGCACCACGACAACGAACUGGCGCAGGCAGAAGCCUACUUUGGCAACGACCACUGGGUUCGCUACUUCCUGCAUUCGGGGCACCUGACCAUCGCUGGCUGUAAGAUGUCCAAGUCACUCAAGAACUUCGUCAGCAUUCGUGAUGCCUUGAGUCGACACUCGGCACGAAGGCUGCGCAUGGCAUUUCUCCUUCAUUCGUGGAAGGACACGCUAGACUACAGUGAAAACACAAUGGACAUGGCCUCGCAGUGGGAGAAAGUGUUCAGUGAGUUCUUUUUGAACAUCAAGGACCUCCUGCGGGGUGCUCCAGGAGCCGACUGCGUUGCUGCUUUUGUUAAAUGGUCAGAGGACGAAACAGCACUGAACAACAAGUUCCUCGAUGCCAAGGAUCAAGUGCAUGCGGCCCUGUGUGACAACAUUGACACUAGGUCUGCGUUGGAAGCCCUUCGUUCGGCUGUGACCGCCUGCAACGUGUACAUCAGGAGCAAACUGGAAUCAAAAAAGUGUCCAGAUGUCACGCUGCUUCGCAAUGUUGCAGGAUAUGUUACGUACAUCUUGCGAGUGUUCGGAGUCUGUAAUGAAGCUGUGGUUCCUACAAUUGGAUUUGGAGCAGGUGAUGGCAAAGAGUCAAACGUCCCCCAGGAAGAGCUUUUGCAGCCUUACCUCGAAGUUCUCUCAGCUUUUCGGCAGAAUGUGCGUAGCAUCGCAAAAAAAUUUGCUGGCUCGAAUGAAUCCGACGAAGUUCUUCAGUGGUGUGACCACCUAAGGGACAGCAUGUUGCCUGAAUUGGGAGUGCGCUUGGAAGAUCGGGAAGAUGAGAAUGGAGUCCUGACGUCAGUUAUUAAGGUUGUUGGUAAAGAAGCCAUUUUGGCAGAAAGAGAAGAGAAGAGGAGGAAAGAAGAGAAGAAAAAGGAAGAGAAGGAAAGGAGAAAGCGGGAAAUGGAACUCAAGCAAGCGGAGAGAGACAUGCAACGUGCUGUGAACCCAAAGGAGAUGUUCCUAAAAGAAACGGACAAGUACAGCCGUUUUGACCCAGACACCGGCUUGCCUACCCAUGAUGUGGAAGGGAAAGAGCUGAGCAAAGGGCAACUGAAAAAGGUGAAAAAGCUGCAAGAAGCACAAGAGAAGAAGUAUGAGAAGUAUCUCGCGGAGGUAAAAGAAUCUGUUGGUUAGUGUGCAGGGAAAUCCAUGGCUCUGAUACAGGUUACUAGAUGAUUUCAAAUGUGUGUGUGGUCAGAUUGAGUACUUUGUAUAAUGUUUAGUUAUAUAUCAUCCACUUUUGCAUACAAUUGGCAUACUGCAGUAUAUGCUUGUUGGUAUAAUUUGAAUAAUAUGGAUGAUGAUAAAGGCGUGAUUCAACUUUAUUGAGAGGACAUAUUCAGCUUUACAGCUUGCUAAGUUGUGGAGCUGCUGUUUUUUUUAUUCUAUGAGCAUGUUGCACAGGAUAAAGCUUUAUAGCGCUCGUGAAAGUUGCUUUGCUCAUGUCCUUAUUGCUGUAUUGCUAUAAACAUUUCUUGACCACUGUGUUAAUGAAUAACCACAAUUGUUUGCCUCUUCUCAUUGUGAUCUGCUCAUAGGACAUGUUUCUUUUUUGUUUUCGAGCAUUUGAAUAAAUUUAAUAAUGCUAUGUGUGUAUGGCGACAUA